GUCACCACUCUACACAGGUAGCACGUGAUACAAAUACCUUAUGUUGUUCUCGCCUUUCCUUACUUGGACCGCAACUUGUUACUCCGUAUUGCUUCGGCACGUUGAUCACCGAAUUGGAAAAAUAAUGACGACGUAAGAUCACGGCAUUAACGGAGUUUACGACGGCAUAGCUGAGGGGUACGUGGAUAUCCGUCUGUUCUAGGAAGGUGAUGUGCUGGCUACAAAAACAAGCGGUUCCUCCACCGGACAUCUCUCAAUUGACACCUCUUGAGCAACUCCCAUUGACCCCUAUCACAUCCAUCAACUUCUCACAAUGGCUGUCGAAUCCAAGUUUGAUCCCAAGGACAUGGUGUUCCGUCACCUCGGUCCUACUGGCCUCAAGGUCUCCAUCUUCUCUCUCGGAGGAUGGUUGACCUACGGCGGUACCCAGAAGGGUGAUAUCGUCAAGGAGUGUAUUCAGAAGGCUUUCGACCACGGUUGCAACUUCUUCGACACUGCUGAGGUUUACGCCAACGGUCAGUCCGAGAUCGAGAUGGGACGUGCCCUGAACGAGCUUGGCUAUCCUAGAGACGAGUAUGUUAUCUCGACCAAGAUCUUCUUCGGCACUGGUCGCAAGGAGCCCAACACUCGUGGUCUCUCCAAGAAGCAUGUCAUCGAGGGCUUGAAGAGCUCGCUGAAGAGACUGAAUCACGACUACGUUGAUAUCGUCCUGGCUCACCGUCCCGACAACGCGACUCCCAUGAAGGAAAUCGUUGAGGGUUUCACUCAAGCUAUCCGCAACCUGAACCUUGCCUACUACUGGGGUACCUCCGAGUGGUCUGCCACUCAAAUCAUGGAAGCCACUCAGAUCGCUGAAAAGUACAACCUGAUUGCUCCUAUUGCUGAGCAGCCUCAGUACAACGCCUUCCACAGACAGCGCUUCGAGGUCGAGUUCGCUCCUCUGUACGACCAAUUUAAGUACGGUACUACCAUCUGGUCCCCUCUGGCAUCUGGUCUUUUGACCGGCAAGUACAACGACGGUAUUCCCGAGGACUCUCGUUUUGCCACCAACAAGGACUUCUUCGAGAACACCGUCAAGCAGCUCAAAAGCCCCGAGGGUCAGGCCAAGAUUGAGAAGGUCAGAAAACUCACCACCGUCGCUGAGAAGCUCGGCGGCACAGUCACUCAGCUCAGUUUGGCGUGGGCUGCAAAGAACCCCAACGUCUCCACCGUCAUUCUCGGUGCCACCAAGGUCGAGCAGUUGGAGGACAACUUCGGAGCUCUGAAGCUUCUUGAAAAGCUGACUCCCGAGAUCAUGGAGGAGAUCGAGAAGAUCCUCGAUAACAAGCCUGCUGGGCCUGCUACUUACGGUCGCGACAGAUAAACGCAAGAGGGUCUUUGAUGAAAUGAUUACGGUCGCAAGCUUAAUUUAGAGAUCCUGCCAGUACGUAGUCAGCAGAUCAACCGUACCGCGCGGUAGCAGUAAUGCCAUCGAGCCACGAACAAAGCGUCUUUGACUAGGUUCAGAGUGAUCAAGAGUCAAGUCUUUUGCCAUGCCGAGGCGACAAUGUUGUUGAGUAGUCAUUCUAAUCUUGAUGUCGCGACAACUCUUUACCAGUUAUAUAUGCUUUUGGAUAAAUAUGCCACCGUUGAACACAAGCCUCAAAGAAACCCCUAAAAUAAAAGUUUCUUGGCUCGGAUCCUUCGA